CCUCUCUCCGAGAAGUCAGGAUGAAGUAGCUUCCGGGCGACAGGGUACCAGCAGUAAACAUGGCGGAGGAACUGCUGGAAACAGUGGACAGACUUCAGUCCCGGCUCCAGGAGAAUCCGGAGCCUCGAAAGCUUUUAAAGACUUUGAAAAGACUGGGGGAGCUGCCGAUGACUGUGGACAUACUGGUGGAAACUGGAGUGGGGAAGACUGUGAAUUCCUUCAGGAAACAUGAAGUAGCUGGAGAGGUUGCAAAAUGCCUCGUAGCCAAAUGGAAGAAGCUGGUUCCUCAGUCUGCAGACAGACCGACCAACAGUUACCCUAAAGAGAUACCACGGUCACAUGGACACUCAAGAGGGCCAGAGGGAGCCGGGGGAGGCCACAGACGAACCCGGGAGCCGUCCCCUGAAGAGGAGCCCUCCUACAUGGAGGAAGAAGAGGAAGAAGAAGAGGAGAGAGAUUAUCAUAGAAACUACUCGCCCUCGCCUCCUCAACACGAGCAGUACAGCCCUCCACAGAGAGGAGGAUACCACUCGGACGAAUACGAGAGCCCCGAGCCGGAGCCUGAGCCGAGUCCCCCUCCUCCUCCUCCCCGUAAAGACGUCCGCCACGCCAAACCAAGCAAAGAACCGAGCAGAAACCACAACCACGGCGACAGAAACAGAGACGAGGAGAGACGGCAACGCCACAUUCAGACGAGUAGUGAUAGAGGAGGAGGAGAGGGGAAGAAACGCAGCACAGACAGAGAGAGACAACAGAGUCCAGUACAGAAGUCUGCAAAACACAGCAAGAAGUCCACCACACAUGAGAGUAAGAGGGAGGAGAAGAAGAAAGGAGACGAUGGGCGACCCCGGGCGCCGAAGGACUCUCCAUCCAAAGAGGAGGAAGAAGAAGACUUUGAGACUCCCACCAUGUCCUUCGAGUCUUUCCUCACGUACGAUGCUCCAUCUGUGAAGAAGAAGAAGAAGGCUUCGUCAUCGUCAUCAUCAUCCACGUCACACAGUCGGCCAAGUCAGUCUGCUUCCUCCACGUCGUCAUCCCAUCACACUCGCACCCCUCAGCCUGCACCCUCCUCCUCCUCCUCUAAAGCCAACAAAGCUAAUGGUACUCAGAGCAGCAAGAGGCCGCACUCAGGCUCCAGCUCAGCAGCAGCAACACCUGAGAAACGAAAGAGGGUUGUUGAGGCGGUUCCCACUCUUCCUGAUAUCCCUCUGCCAGCAAUUCAACCAAACUACAGACCGCUGCCCUCCAUCGACGUCACACCGCUGUCUCCACAGAGACGGAAAGUUCCUGCCUACAACGACGAGGAGGACGCCGGCUUCACAGGGAAGCGGUUUAACUCAAAGAUGGUUGUCUACUCGGGAUCAAAAACGUCAUAUUUACCCAAGAUGAUGACUCUGUAUGAGCAGUGCAUCCGUGUGCUGCAGAACAACAUCGACUCUAUCGCUGAAGUGGGAGGAGUGCCGUUUGAGAUCCUGGAACCAGUACUGGAGCGAUGCACGCCAGAACAACUGUACCGCAUUGAACAGAGUAAUCAGUGGUUUACAGAGGACUCUGACGAGCUGUGGAUGCGUCACUGUCAGCGGGACUUUAAGCGAGAGUCUCCUCAGGAGUACGAAUCCUGGAGAGAGCUGUACCUUAGACUUCACGAUGAACGCGAGGAGCGGCUGAGGAUGCUCACUCAGCACAUUUCCGCUGCACACGCCAACAAGCCAAAAGUGAGGACGGCUAAGAUAGCGUUUGUGAAUUCUGUUGCGAAGCCGCCACGGGACGUCCGCCGCCGACAGGAGAAGUUUGGCACCACAAGUGGUUCAUCUACAGCAGCAUCCACUGCAGCAGCAGCUCCUAUCAAAAUAAGACCAGCUACCACAGACUACCAUGGUGAAUCAAGCCGCUCCUCCUCCUCGCAACACAACGCUCAGCCCAGCUCAUCUCGCUCCUCAGCACCGAGUGGAGGAGGAGGAGGGGGAGGGGGAGGGGGAGGAGGAGGAGGAGGAGGAGGAGGGCAUGCUGCCCGGGACAAACCACAGGUCAAAAAAAUCGCCCCCAUGAUGGCCAAAACUAUCAAAGCUUUCAAGAACCGAUUCUCCCGACGAUAGUGUGAAUGAGGCUGAAUGUAUUUAAUGAAUUCCAACUGUUUUUAAUUUAAGUUUUAAAAAAUGACCUGAAAACCUGCAGACAUAUACACAUGACAUGAUCUCCACCUGCCUAAAACCCCUAUGGACUGAAAAGAAUUGGUGGAUUUUUAAGAAAAUUUAAUUUAAUUUAGUAGGUGGCAUUUGUUUUACGGGUCCAUAAAUAAGUAUUUAAAUCACAAAUUACUGUCACUGGGUGUCACAUCUGAGCACUCACUUUUCAAAGGUUUAAAGGACACGUGCAUUCAAAUGUAGUCUGUUACUUUUGUUGCUUUUUAGCAGAUAUUUUACAAGGAAAAUGAUAAGAUUUGCCCCCGUUUCAUGUAUGUACUCUUAAUAUGAAGCUACAGCCAGCAGCAUCUUAGCUUAGCUUAGCUUAAGCAUAGAGACAGGGUUAGCCUAAACAAUAUUAUCCAUCUGAAACCUCUAAAUCUCCAAACAUUUGUUGAAUUAUUUGAAACUAUAAGCGUAGCUACUUGUUGACCAAACCGUUGGCUGCAGGAGCAACUGGCAGUUUCUAACAGUCAGAUGUUUCUACAUAACCUCCUGUACCACAGACUGUAGUUAUACUACACAUAGCUAACUAAACAUGUUAGUAGGUGAGGUUUAGAUUUAUUAGGGCACUGACUUUGCUGCUUGGCUAGCUGUUCCCCUUUGUUUCCAUUCUCUAUGCUAAGCUAAGCUAACUGCCUCCAGGAUGUAGCUCAGUUUUGAUUGAUUUUCUGCUCCAGUGUUUGGUAAACAAGCAGGAAUAUGUAUUUCUGAAAAUAUCAAACUUUCCCUUCAUGGUAUAUGAAGUUAGUUUCUUUUUAUUAUGAUCAAAUGACACUACAUGAGGUAGAAAUGUUUGUUUUUUAUUUUUACUUUUUUUGAAAGGCAUGCGUGGUCUACAGUGGCAUUAAGAUUCCAACAGAGACAUCAAAGAGUCGGUUAAAGACCUUUAAUUUAAAAAAAAACAAACAUGUUUUAUCACGUCUUAAGCAGUGAUUCUUUUAUUUUAAUGUGUAGGGAUGAAUUGCUAUCAGUGACUCCCUUCCCCAAGCACACACACACAGGCACAACGUAGACUUGUUUUAACCCUCGUGUGGCUUCAGAUCAUGUUUUCCUGCUGUCAAAUGUGUGUAUCUUUGUUUAUAUCUGCUUCACUGUGACUAAAAAGUUUGAGCAAGGGCUGAUGAGUCAGUAGGAAGAAAAACGAAGGAAAGAGAGAACAAUAAGGAAGAGCUUAAAUAGGAAGAGAGCAGCAUCAGUCCACAACAUUGAUGAAAUGUAUUUAUUUUCAACACUGGGACCUGGUACCCCAUGAAACGGGCCUGAAUGAAAGUAGAUUCAAAAUUGUAAUUUUAUUAGAUUUUAAUAAAUGUUAUAUGGUCAUUUUUAUUAAAAUUGACUUUUGCC